AUUAUAUCUACCUCAUAGGGAUUAGGACUAGAGAGUACUACAUAAAUAAAAGCAUAGACCCAAGUCCCAACCAAUAACUACAAAAUUUAAACACACAGUAAGAGUAGAUAGUAAUACAAAAUGAUGAAACAGAGCAUUGUAAUUCAAGAUAUGCUCUGGUUUGCUCUGUUUUUCAUGUGUAUUAUCAUAAUACCAACAAUUCCAACUACUGAAGCUUACAAGAAUUACACAGUUGGGGAUUCUUUAGGUUGGUUUGAUAAACUUGCUAAACCUGGUCUUGAUUUUGAUCAUUGGGUUUCUACUAAAUCUUUCUCUUUGGGUGAUUUUCUCAUUUUCAACACGGAUAGCAAUCACUCAGUGAUCCAAACAUUCAACUCUACUACAUAUACUUCUUGUGAUGCUCAAGGGGAUGACAAUGUAAUAUGGUCGAACAUUGAUCCCAAUUCUACCGUUGUACGUCCUAUUACUGUAGCGGUUCCGCUUAUGAAAGAAGGUGUUACAUAUUUUUUCUCGGGUGACUAUGAUGGGGAGCAAUGCAUGAAUGGUCAAAAAUUUUCCAUCAACGUGACUCAUGGCCAAGGGUUGCCCCCAAGUCUUAGGGACAACCCUGACUUUGCUGUAGGACCUACCUCGGGGGAAGAAUCUGCCCCUGGGCCUGUUAAUUCCGAUUCUGGAGAUGAUCAAGCAGCACCAGAUACUAUAGUAUCUUCCGAUUUUAGUCAUCCUAAAAACGUGCCCCCCUCAUCGGAGGAUAGUUCUAGUACUAGUGAUGAUGAGGAAGAUGAUGGGAAGAAGAAAAACAAAGCAAUUGGUUUUAUCCCUAAUUUGAAAUUAAUUUUUAUUAGCGUGACUAUGGGAUUUUGCUUGAUCUUCAUUUAGUGAUUUUCUAGUUUGAAGAAAUUUGUUAGUGUUAGAGCCAUAUAUUCAUUUGAUUUACAAUACUUUUGCUAUUUUCUUAUAUAUACACGUAAUUUUCAAA